ACUCCCCCUGUGCCACUUUUAAAGCGCCUUGCCAUGCAACAGGAGAAAAUACCCUUAGUCAACGAGAACGAAGUGUCUGAAAUGAGCAAGCCUCCAUCUCCCAGAAAGACCCUGGCUGCAGCAUCUGGCCUGUCCACAUGUAUGGCCUCCACCCAGGUUGCCCAGUCAGCCCCAUUCUCUCCACCUCCAUCUGAUCAAUAUACCACACCGCCAACAGUAGCCACCCCACCUACAGUAGCCACCCCACCUACAUCAGCUGUGGCCCAUAAGGCAUCUCCCCCUAGCAGUGUGGCCUCCAGCUCCAUGGACCACCUUGUCCAGUCCAGGGCCACCUCUUCCCCCAGACACGUCACCCUGGUCCUGCCUGAGGGUCCCGCCACCCCAGCUUCCACCUCAGCCUCCACCUGCGCUCAGCCCAGUACCAGACACAUCCCUAAACCCACCAAUGUGGCCGCAGUCCCCGUUCCCAUCCACCUGACCUCCCUCUGUGUUCUUACUACCCUGGAGGAAGAAGGAGAGGAGGAAGAAGGAGAGGAGGAAGAAGGAGAGGAGGAAGACGGAGAGGAGGAGGUCGGGAAGAAAAAGGAGGUGCAUGCUGCAGUAUCGUCCUCCCUCCUCAAGACGCUCUCCUCUCUGACGCUGACCCCCGAGGUGGCCCUCCAUGCCACCCUGGUGCACUCGCACCAACAGAGCAGGCAUUGGCAGCUGGAGGAAUGUCAGCCAGCUAACCCCAGCUACCAGCAGGAGGAGUGUCAUUCAGCUAGCCCCAGCUACCAGCAGGAGGAAUGUCAUCCAGCUAGCCCCAGCUACCAGCAGGAGGAAUGUCAGCCAGCUAACCCCAGCUACCAGCAGGAGGAGUGUCAUCCAGCUAACCCCAGCUACCAGCAGGAGGAGUGUCAUCCAGCUAACCCCAGCUACCAGCAGGAGGAGUGUCAUCCAGCUAACCCCAGCUACCAGCAGGAGGAGUGUCAUCCAGCUAACCCCAGAUACCAGCAGGAGGAGUGUCAUCCAGCUAACCCCAGCUACCAGCCUUACCAGGAGAGCCCGUCCAGGGGGAAGAGUGACCGAGACCAGGGGAGGACUGGUAGUGAUGCCGCUGGAGGAGUGAGGGAGUCGGGGUGGACCCAGACCCAGAGAGAGGCUGCUGGAAUGGGCAGCAUUGGAGGUCGGUGGAAGCUGAAUUUUGCUGGGCUUGGCUCUCUUGGUUCCGGAGGGCAGAGGAGGGAAGAAGAUGCCCCAUGCAGCAGCACUGCCUUCAGGUCCCCUACACUGAUCGACCUGGCCCCACCACGGCUGCUGGGGGCCUGGACCGAGAACAUUGCCACUGUGCCGACACCCAUAGGAGGGGGUGGGGGAGGCCUGGACUGGAGAUCUGGAGGUCUGCCUGCUGCCCAGAGAACCAGCCCAACUCUCUGCUCUCAGUUAAUCUCCCCCCUGUCCAUCCCGCCGUCAUCCGACCCUCUGAGCCAAAGCCCUCUGACGUGCUCCCCCUGCCGCACCUUGGCUCACGGGCCACUGACACACCUUCUCCAGACCUGGAAACCUGGACCCUAGAUAGUUCUCCCUUCCUCGGUGGUAUGCUGUGUGAGUCCAACCCUCCAGAUCUACGUGUAGGCCAAACCAGCGGUGGCAGCAACACUGACAGGCACACCCAGAGAUCAGGAGGAGCCAGCUCCAGCACAGAACCACUCACCACACUCAAUUCCUGGCUCAGCAGUGACAAUCUCCCCACCGGAGCUGGCUCAGACUCUGGACAGUGGUCCCUCCUCUCAGAGAUCGACAUGUCACCACUCCGCAGCGGACUGGUCUUCUCCCCCCUUACCCCCAUCUCCACCUCCGACCCCCUCACCCCCAGCUCCUCCCCUACCAGAAGCACCAGAGGCGGCAAGCCAGGCAAGGAGAGACCCAGGGUCGUGGAGACACCGCAUUCCCCAUAUCACAGGCGCAACAGAGACCACAGAGAUUAUUAUGGGAAGAUGUAGCAAAAAUAUAUAUUUUUUGGCAGCCUAUUUUGUCAAGUUCAUUGCCUUUUACUUGGGAAAUUAUC